AGCCUCACAGUCCGCUGUCGUUCCCCUCUGACGCCCUUGGGUGGCGGGCCUGUUCCGGACGGAGCGCACUGCUCUCUGAUUGGCCGCAGCGGCGUGCGCGUCCCCGUCGUCUCCUCCCGGUUUUCCUGGCAUGACCUUUUCCCUUGGCAACCACUUCCUCCGAGCAUCCACGGCCAUCUUUAAUUUGCAGCCAUUCAUGAAAAAGUUGCCUCGCGCAUGUAAACACGCCGAACGGACGCGGUUUACGCACGAAGCGGCGGCACCGACCCACGGCGCGGUGUGUGUCUGUGUGUGUGUGUGUGUUAGUGUGUGUGGUUCCCAGGGAGCAGCGGCACAAACCGAGCAGAGCAGCAGGCUGUGACCCGCAGAGUCCAAAGUGAACACCGAGAGCGAUGAGAAAGAAGCAGACUGCCAAACAGAGGAAGACUGAGGAGACUACAGUUGUCCAGGAGUUUGUGGUGGAGAAAAUCAUUCGCCGCAGGGUCUCUGAUGGGAGAGUGGAGUACUUUCUGAAGUGGAAAGGCUUCACAGAUGCAGAGAACACAUGGGAACCCGAGGACAACCUGGACUGUCCCGAGCUCAUCAAUGAGUUCCUGAGAAACGCCCUCCAUCGCUCAUAUGAGGAAGAGCACAGUGAGUUCAUUCCCAAAGAAGAAAUGACAGAGCAAGAGACGGAAAUUUCCUGUUUGCAGUCUCAGCAGCAGGCUCACACUUUGCAGAGCGACGGCGACAUCCUCGAGCCGAGCGACGAGCAUUCAGAUUCCCCCGCCAGCCUCAGCACUUACCUCGAGCCUGAAUGCAUCAUUGGCUCCACAGACAGACAGGGAGAGCUCAUGUUCCUCGUCAAAUGGAAGAACUCCGAUGACGUGGCCCUGCUGCCCGCGCAUGAAGCCAGCGCCAGGUGUCCCCAGGUGGUCAUCGACUUCUAUGAGCAGAAGCUAACCUGGCACUGUGGAGACGAGGAGCCGUGAAGUGUGUGUGUGUGUGUGUGUGUGUUAUAGAGAGUGUGCGAGUGUGCGUGUGUUUGAGUACGUAGGAGAACCGGUAAACGGCUGCGUUCUCACCUGAAGCUCAGUUUAACCUCCAUCCAGUGUCCUCCUCCAACUGACAUUGGAGGCACGCUGUGUGAAAUUACAUCCCGCUGCAGGUAAGAGUUUCAGAAUCUGUCAGGUGGAAGAACCUCAGCCGGGACGAAUGUUUAGGGCUCUCUGUCCCGUGGUGCUCAGUAAGGUCACUGUGCCUUUGUGGAGACUGUGAUGGAGACUUAAACUAACCUGUGUGUGAAGAGCAGCCGGUCUGAGGAAGACAAACCUGUAGCAGCUUUGUUCGUGUGUCAUGAUGUAGCUGACACAAUCACUGUGGACAUGUUGUUUUCAAGACUACUGUUAUAUAGUAAUUUAGUAUUUAUAGCCCUCCACUGGGAGGGGUCCCUGGUUUAGUGUGAGCGUUGUAUCUUGUAUAGCGACACUUUGUAGGCAGAGUGAACUAACUGUUGUCUGAUAUGUACCUCCAGUGCACCUAGCUCUUUGGUUAGAGCCCGACCGACAUGGAUGUUUGGAGACUGAUGCCAGUACAAAUAUUAGUGAGUAAAAAAACGUCAGUAUUGAUAUAUUGGCCUUCAUAUAUAUUUUUGGGGGAAAAAAUUUUGAGCUCUUAAGGCUAAUUUAUGCUCAACAUUCGAUAAGUGCAGGAAAACAGGCCGAGCCGUCAGUCUGUACUCUGCGUUCAUUUAAUCUAUAUUCUAUACUCGUUUGUGGAUACAGAUGAAACAAUUUAAAAGGAGCAGUACCACAGGAAAUCACAGGGGGCGGUGUAGCCAGUAGCUCAGGCGAAUGAAGGAAGAAAUUUCAGCAAUAACACAACUGAGGAGGUGUUAAGAAACUACAGGUGUCCCAAUGAUGUUACCUCACCUGGGCAAAAGGACAAAGCGCUACUUUUACCUCUUCAGACCUACUUUAUCACAACCUUCUCCUUCGUCACAAUGUUUGUUGUUUUCAGAAACUGCACUGCCCUCUAGUGGAUGCACUGUCUAACCACGCCAACGUGAAAGACAGGGAAAUAAACGGGAUGCGACGGUUACAUCGUUUGAAAUUGACUAAUCUCUUUUCAUACAUGAACGCUGCAUAAAUGAGCCUCAAUAUGUCAGUAUGACAAAGAAAUGUCAUUAAGGCUUGAUAUUUUACUAUUUAACCUUAAAUUUUGAGAUAAAUAAUUAUAAAUACAAAGAAAACACGAAUGCAACCAAACAAAUAGAAUUUGAAUUAGGAAAAUACAAUUUUCUUAUGCAAACUUUUUUUGCAUUAGUAUAAAAUACAAAAAAUACAAAAUACAAUUUGUUUUGGACACACUGCAUUAUGAUAUAUCAACAGCCAUAGAGUUUUUCAGCAUUGUUUUUCCCUGUAAAAAUGUAAGUUUUCAUGAUGGUGCAGAUCGGCAGGAAUAUUUAUAUCAGUCGUUGUUUUUAAUCAACCAACAGAGAAAUCAGUCGGGCUCUAACUUACAUAUUAUUUGAACAUGUAUAGUGUGAGGUGUUUGUAGCCAUGGUUUAUACUGUGUCUCACUGUGUCUCACUGUGUCUCACUGUGUCUCUAUGACCCGUGAGGUUGAUGUUAAAAUUUGCCCCACCAGAAAAUGUCCCCAAUCAGCUGCUAUGAACCAAAUGUUCUCCCCUCUAAUGAAUCAUCACAAGUUGUUUUUUUAAAGGAACAUUUGGCGCUUUUAGACAUAGUGGAAUCCUGGCAAUCAUUAUAUACAUUAGAUAAAACUAUAAGUUUGAAAAAAUGGAUUGUGAAAUGUAGCACUUUAGACGUGAGACUGUCCGCUAGUGGAGGGCAUUGUCUUCCAGUAAUUCCACAGGCAUGGACAUGAAACCUGUCUCCUGACUCGACAUAUCUCCCAUCAUUGUUAUGGGACACUCAGCUGAACCUUCGACCUCCUAAAACUCACCUGCUACUGAAACUACUGUAACUGUAACUGACCAUAGAUCUGUGAAGUCUCUGUGAAUAAAGGAAAACAUUUUGUGA